GUUUCUGCCUGCACCAAAUUAUGUUAAGGGACAUUUAACUCGCAUCACCGGUACCAUAAUUGAGGCGAAAGGAAAAUCAUCAACGACUCGGUUGCAUUUCAGGUAAUUUAAUUACAUUCUGUGUUGUAAUUAACUCAUGUUAAAGUGAACGAUGAUGUUUGUAGGCAACUGAAAGUCUCCGAUUUGAUGUAUCAGAGUCGGUGUUCCAUCAUCUGGAAGAUUAUUUAUUUAAUUUUCUUUGCAAAUUACGUGACAUCGUUAAUUGGUUUUUCCGGCGCAAUUCUGGAUCAGUGUUCCAUUGCAACGCGCUGUACAAAGAUACCGAUUCCAUUUACGGAUGCUGUGUCUCACUAUGUUUUCAUUGUAGAUAGCUUCAGUUAACUGUAUCCAUAAUUAUUAACAAAGAAAUAAGUCUUUUUGUACCGCUUGGAGAUGUCUCAGCCAAUAACAGAUAUUCUAAUGUUAUGUAGAAAAGAUAUCUACAUUGCAUAUUUUCUACACAAGUAAACAGAGCCCCAUGAUUUGGAUAUCAUAAAACAAAAAGCUAACAUCAGUUUUCAAGAAUAUUUCCAGAGUUAAUAUGGAGGAUGGUAAUCACUCAGACACUUCCAACACAACUGUUUCUGAGAAUAUAGAUUCGAUUAAACAGACAUCUGAUGCUGAGGAACCAUCAUCUCAUGGUAAGAAACCAUUAUCCUGUAAGAACAAGUCACCGCGAAGAAAUAUCAAUUGUGAAAUAUGCGGAAAAACUUUUGAGAAUUCCAGUAAUUUAAAAAAGCACAAGCGAUUACACACGGGGGAAAAACCAUUUAAAUGUGACAUUUGUGGAAAAUCAUUGAAUCAGAAAUACCACCUGAUUGUCCACAAGCGUAGUCACACUGGAGAAAAACCGUUUCGCUGUGAGCUAUGUGGAAAAUCUUUUGUUGAUAAUUAUUACCUAAAGGUUCACAAAAAGAGGCAUACCGGGGAAAACUGUUUUAAUUGCGAAAUAUGUCAGAAGUUUUUUCCUUACAAUUAUCUCCUUGUUCUCCACAUUCGUAGUCACACGGGCGAGAAACCGUUCCACUGUGAAACAUGUGGUAAGUCUUUUGCUGAUAAUAGUUUCCUAACAAAGCACAAGAGGAUCCAUUCCGAAGAGAAAUCUUACCAUUGUGACAUCUGUGGGAAAUUAUUUGUCAGUAAUACUGUCUUGAAAAUUCACAGAAGAAUUCACACGGGGGAGAAACCUUACCAUUGUGAUAUUUGUGGUAAAUCUUUUGCCAUUAAUAGCUCGUUAACGAGUCAUUUGAGGAUUCAUACUGGGGACAAACCGUACCCCUGUAAAGUAUGCGGAAAAUCUUUUCUCAGUAAUAGCUAUUUAACGAAGCAUGAACGAAUUCAUUCUGGGGAGAAACCUUAUUGUUGUCAAAUUUGCGGAAAAUCGUUCGUGGUAAAAAGUCAUUUAACAAGGCAUGAACGAAUUCACUCUGGAGAGAGACCCUUCCACUGUGAUAUUUGUGGAAAAUCGUUCGUUGACAAUAGUGAUUUAACAAAACACAGAAAAAUCCACACUGGCGGGAAACCAUUUAAAUGCGAAAUAUGUAGGAAAUCUUUUGGGAAUAUUCAUUCUCUUGGAGUUCACAAAAGAUUACACUCCGAAGGGAAGCUUUUGAAUUGUGAAGUAUGUCGGAAAUCCUUCUUGGAUAACACUCAACUGCUUCGUCACAAAACAGUCCACACUGGGGAAAAACGGUUCCGCUGUGAAGUAUGUGGAAAAUCGUUCAGGAAAAACUCACUACUUGUGGCCCAUAUACGUAUUCAUACUGGAGAGAAACCUUACCACUGUGAAAUGUGCGGAAAAUCAUUCGUAGUUAAAAGUAAUUUAACGAGUCACAAACGAGUUCACACCAGAGAGAAACCGUUCCACUGUGAAAUCUGUGGAAGGUCUUUCAUGAAGAACUCAGUACUUAUCACCCAUAUACGGAGUCAUACCGGAGAAAAGCCUUACCAUUGUGAUAUUUGCGGGAAGUUCUUCAGCGCCAAUUCUUAUCUUGUCGUUCACAAAAGAAUUCAUGAAGGGAAACCCUAUUAUUGUGACGUGUGUGGAAAGUCUUUCUUGAUUAAGUCUCUACUUCUUCGUCACGAAAAAGUCCACAGCGGAGAAAAACCAUUCCGGUGUGAAACGUGUGGGAAAUCCUUUUUGGAUAAAUCUCGACUUGCUCGUCAUGAACGGAUACACACGGGGGAAAAACCAUUCUCUUGCGAUAUUUGUGGGAAAUCCUUCAUGGAUAAUUCCCGACUUCUUCACCACAGAGGAAUACACACUGGGGAAAAACCUUUCCAUUGCGAAACUUGUGGGAAAUCCUUCUUGGAGAAGUCCCACCUUGCCAGUCACAAAAGAGUACAUACUGGCGAAAAACCCUUUUUUUGUGAUAUUUGUGGUAAAUAUUUCUCGUCCGGCAGUAACUUAACAAGGCAUAAGGUACAACACGUUGGGAAAAAAGAAUUCCACUGCGACAUAUGCGGAAAAUCUUACUUCAGUAACGAUGAUUUACGAAGACACAAAAGGAUUCAUGAUGGCGAAAAAACAUUCCACUGUGAAAUCUGUGGGAAAUCUUUCUUCGAUAAUUCUAACCUUAUUGUCCACAUCCGUAGUCACACUGGGGAAAAACCUUAUCAUUGUGACACCUGUGAGAAAUCAUUUACCUGUAAAGGUGACUUGAACAGACACAAACAAAGACACACGGGAGAAAGGCCACAUUAUUGUGAAACUUGUGGGAAAUCAUAUUUCUGUAAAAGUGACUUGAAUAAUCACAAACGCUCGCACACGAAAGGGAAGGCUUUGAAUAAUGAGUGACCCGAGAGAUCUUUCUCUUGUAAGUCUAAACUCAUAGUCUGUCGAAGAAAAUGAUUACAGAUAUAUUUUUUUCACAACAAAUGUCCUCCAUUAUAUAUA